CUCUUUUCCCCGAUUGAUUACACUUCCCUAAACAGGUUCAUGAUGCUGAUUUCGGCCUUCACACAUGUAGGUCUACAAACGAUGUUUCUAUCGAAUGUCCUAAAGGAAAGUAGAAUGAUGUAAGGCAGUGACAGAAAAACAUGUGCUACUCUAGAUCUCAUACUGAGGUUGGGAACACUGAGUGGGACACUAGGAGUCGAGAACAGCCCUAGAGAUGCCCGGUGCACCCCCCUUGCCUCAAAGGAGUGAUAGCUUGCCAAGUAGUACAACGCCCCCUGUGCCCCCAAAACCUGCGACACAUCAGCUGCCUAGUUUUAGACCUGUGAAUGUAGCAAAGGAAGAUAGUCCAACGAAGCACAAAGUCUCUAAGUCAAAAUCAUACCACGGUAACCUGAAAAAAAUGGCUACGAUAGAGCAUUUAAAUAUUGAGUCGUCCAUAACACAAGACUUUGAGUAUAAAAGUCAUUACAAACAUAGCUUCAAAACGUUUUUAGAAUUCUAUGAGAAAGGUCAGUUAUGUGACGUUGAAAUCAAAGUUGGGGAGAAAUCCUUUCGAUGCCAUAGGAUGGUUUUAGCUUGUGUUAGUCAAUAUUUUCGCAUUAUGUUCAUGUCGGAAAUGUCAGAAAGUCGACAAGAAAUAAUAACAAUUCAUGACAUUGAUGAAAGUGCCAUGGAAAAGCUUAUCAAAUUUGCAUAUACUUCAAAAAUUCUUCUAAGUGUGGAUACUGUUCAGCCAAUUUUGUAUGCUGCUUCAAUACUUCAAAUAGAAACUGUUGCUAAGGCCUGUUGUGAAUUCAUGAAAAAACAUCUUCACCCAACAAAUUGUAUUGGCGUUCACAACUUCGCAGAACAACAUAACAGAACAGAGCUAAUGAAAAUGGCUGAUGAUUAUAUUCUUGAAAAUUUCUUAGAGGUCAUAGAAACUGAAGAAUUCAAGAAUAUCUCGGUGAGGCUCAUGUGUACAAUCAUGGCGUCACCAGACCUCAAUGUUAGCAGUGAAAUUGAAGCCUAUGAGUCUGUGAUUAAAUGGGUGAAGAAAGAUACUGAAAAUCGGAAAAAACAUUUAGCGGAACUGUUGUCCCACCUGAAACUUCCGUUACUUAGUCUGCCGUAUCUGCAGAGGCAUGUCGUCACAGAAGAACUCAUUAAGCAUGACCUUGACUGUCGCGACCUUCUAGAUGAGGCAAAGAACUAUAAAAUGUCUGUCGCUAACUUGCUUACUGAUAUCAGCAUUUCUGAGAGAACACGACCACGGAAGAGUUAUGCAGGUGUCCUGUUCUGUGUUGGUGGAAGAGGAGCCUCUGGAGAUCCCUUCAAAAGUAUUGAAUGUUACGACUACAGGAAGAACAGGUGGUUUCAAGUAUCAGAGAUGAACACACGGAGACGCCAUGUGGGCGUGUGCUGUGCUUCAGAUCUUCUGUAUGCUGUUGGAGGACAUGAUGGGACUAAGCAUCUAAACUCUGGGGAAGUGUUUGAUCCUAAAUCCAACACAUGGACAAGUAUUUCACCCAUGUCAACUCCUCGGCGUGGUAUUGCCCUGGCAUGUCUGGGAGGCCCAAUCUACGCAGUGGGAGGUUUGGAUGACUCUACCUGUUUUAAUACGGUGGAAAGGUUCGACCAUGGCUCUGACUCGUGGACUUUUGUAGCAUCUAUGAACACUCCGCGUGGUGGAGUGGGUGUGGCAGCCUUGAAUGGCUGUCUCUAUGCUGUUGGUGGAAAUGAUGGAGUUUCCUCCCUUGACAAAUGUGAAAUGUACAAUCCGUUCAUUAAUAAAUGGUCGUUCAUUGCCUCGAUGAACCGACACCGAGCUGGAGCAGGAGUAGCCGUACUGGAUGGAUAUAUUUAUGUCGUAGGUGGGUUUGAUGAUAAUGCACCACUGGAUUCUUGUGAGCAGUACGACCCAAGGUCAGAUAAAUGGACUACAGUGGCUAGUAUGUCCUGUUGUCGUGGGGGAGUCGGUGUUGGAACCAUGGGUGGAAGACUGUACGCUGUAGGAGGACAUGAUGGCACGAACUAUCUCAGCUCUGUGGAGGCCUACGAUCCACUCACAAACAGCUGGAAAGCUCUGACAGACAUCUGUCAUUGCAGAGCUGGGGCAGGUUUGGCCUAUUGCAACAUGUGUCCUGUCGCUCUCCAGCUAUCAAGUACUCAGAUGAAGGAGCAACUCCACUGCAUGUAGGAGGAUUCUAGUGGAUUGUGGGAGGAGUCUAAUGGAUUGUAGGAGGAAUAUCAUGAAUAGUGGGAGGAGUCUCAUGGAUAGUAGGAGGAAUAUCAUGAAUAGCGGGAGGAGUCUAAUGGAUUGUAGGAGGCAUAUCAUGAAUAGUGGGAGGAGUCUAAUGGAUUGUAGGAGGAAUAUCAUGAAUAGUGGGAGGAGUCUAAUGGAUUGUAGGAGGAAUAUCACGAAUGGUGGGAGGAUCUCAUGGAUUGUAGGAGGCAUAUCUUGGAAAGUGGGAGGAGUCUAAUGGAUUGUAGGAAUAAUAUCAUGAAUAAUGGGAGGAGUCAGAUGGAUUAAAUGGUGGGAGAAGUCUUAUGGAUAGUAGAAAGAAUAUCAUGAAUAGUGGGAGGAAUCAGAUGGAUUGUAGGAGGCAUAUCAUGAAUAGUGGGAGGAGUCUAAUUGAUUGUAGGAGGAGUCUCAGGUUGAUUAUAGGAUGAAAAAGAUGAUGCAUUGAAAUGGGGGAGUUUGGUAGAUUAUGGGACGAGUUUGAUGGCUGUAGCAGAAGUUUGAUGGGCUAUCACCAAAACCACCUGUAACAUUGAUGGAGUCAAGAUAUUUGAAGGUUUGGUAUGGCUGGAAAGAGGCAGUCUAUUGAUGGAGCAUAGUGAUGUGUUUUGUACAAGACUCCCACACCAUCAAUGGUGACAUAUAGACCAUUACAGUUACAAUAUAUCCUUGUGCUGUUAAUGAAACUUGAAGGUUAGAUGUUGGAUGAGUCAAAUUUUGUGUGAAUUCUAGUCAGUUUGAGGCACACAUUGACCUCUUCAAAGCAAGAAAUUAAUGAACAGCAAUCUUGUGUGACAAGAGCUGGAAAAUGACAAUACAUGUAUACCCUGCUUCAGGUUUUGUUUUGGUGUGACAUUUUGUAAAAUUGAUAUAUGUAACACCUGGCCAUGUAUGGAUAGAAGCGUCAGAAUGAGACACAGACAAAAAUACCACCAGUCAUAUAGCGCACCCUUGCAUUCAGUUUGUACUGGAAGGUUUAGGUGAAAUUUGAUUAAUGUGAUGAUUUUCAUACUUUUGAUGCGUUUUUCAGCGAGUCUUGAUGUGCAAUAUAUUAAUUACUUGUACCUGAUGUUGGUACAAGCAGUUGGCCUAAAGACGUGAUAGAAUACAGCUUAAAACUGUUUUUAACAUUAAAAAUAUAUUUAAAUUUUUU